AUGGAGUACAUAUCAACCCAAGGGAGUGACUACAUCCUCGCCCCUGAGACAGCCCUCAGGAUACUCAGGACACAGUCUGUCGGGAUCAUCAUUCCAGUUGUUGUUUUUCUGUUUGGAGGGUUGGUAUUCUGGCAAAGAAAAUAUACAGCUCAACAACUACCGAAGCAACAUGAACGGGAAGAGACUCCUUCCAACCCUGGUACCACGGAUCUUCGACGGAAUGAGGUCCUCAAGCUCUCGAUGAUGGCAAAAGCACUGCGUGACUGCGAGGAAGAUGUCGUGAGGACGAUGUUGCAGGAAAUAAAUAUGUUGUCGGACUCGGCGAUUGAAGACGCCAUUGAAUUGCUGUUUACCGAUAUCAUUCCUGAUACUGAUUUUGAAUCAUUUCCGGACUUUAUGGGCAACAUUACUUGA